AUGCGCCUCCUUAAGAACCUGUCCGCGCUCGCUAUCCUAGUGUGUGUCUGUGAUGCACGACCCACUAGCAGCGUUGUAUUCGAGAAGAUCGAGAGCAGCCCGGCGGGUUGGGUGCUGGACAAAGCCGCCAAAGUCGACAAAGAUGAAACGUUCAUUACGCUGAAGAUUCACUUGGUGAACCAAGGGUUGGACAAGUUUCACAAACUUGCUAUGGACAUCGCAACGCCGGGCCAUCCGCAGUAUGGCAAUCAUCUCGACCAUGAGACGAUACUGGCAAUGACUGCACCGAAGGAAGAGUCCGUCGACCUGGUAAAGGAGUGGCUCGGAAGAGAAAUCUCGAACGCCAAGGUCGACGUGAUGGGCGACUACUUCACCGUGGAGGGAACUGUCAGCGCUGUUGAGAACCUCUUGAAGACGAAAUACAACAGUUAUGUGAACGAAGAAACAAAGGCAAAGACACUGAGAACACUUGAAUACAGUCUUCCCUCCGUGCUCCUUGGCCACGUUGACAUGGUCCAACCUACCACGUACUUUGGCGUGAAGCAGUUCCGAUCCACCAUCUCUGAGCACCAUGCAAUUGCAGAUGAGGCGGAUGAUUUCCACGUCGAGGCUGCACAGGCUGUGACCGGAUGCACUGGUACGCGCAUCACCCCCACCUGCCUCGCCAACUUGUACAACUUUGCAAACGCAAAGAACGAAACCACUGGACUACUUGGAGUUGCAGGCUUCCUUGAGGAGUACGCCAUCAAGUCCGAUUUUACUACAUUUCUCAACAGCUACGCCUACUUCAAUAACAAAGCCAAGACAUUCACUUGCACUGGCGUGAAUGGAGGCACCUGCCCUACAUCUCCUGCCGGUAUCGAGGCCAACCUGGACGUCCAGUAUGCAGGUAGCAUUUCCAGCUCCGUGCCAAUGACUUAUUACAGCACAGCUGGCCGUGGCCAGUGGGUCGGAAGCGGAACGAAUACCAACGAGCCCUACCUUGAGUUCCUAAACUAUCUGAUUGCUCUUCCUGCGGCUUCACUUCCCAACACCCUCUCCAUCUCGUACGGUGACGAUGAGACCACCGUUCCCCUUUCGUAUGCAACAAACGCAUGCAACCUCUUCUCUCAGCUCGGAGCCCGUGGUGUCUCAAUCCUCAUCUCGUCUGGUGAUUCCGGCGUAGGCAGCACUUGCAAAGUAAAUGGGAAGACGUCCUUCACGACCGCCUUUCCUGCCGGUUGCCCUUGGGUCACCACCGUUGGUGGAACAACUGGAAAUUCGCCUGAAUCGGCUUGGAGUUCCGGCGGGGGCGGGUUCUCUGAGGUCUUCGGACGACCGGACUACCAGAAUGCGACUGUAAACAAGUGGCUCACGACCGAUACGACCCACAGUGCCGUGACCAACUACUUCAACUCCUCUGGUCGUGCCUAUCCUGACAUCUCCGCCCAAGCCACCAACUUCGUGAUCAUUGCCAGCGGAUCCGCCCAGUCAGUUUCUGGUACUUCUUGCUCUGCCCCCACUACGGCAGGUAUCUUCCAAUUGCUCAACAGUGCACGCAUUGCUUCUGGCAAGAAGGGCCUGGGUUUUCUCAACCCUUGGUUGUACAACACCGCAAGCAGUGGUUUCACCGAUAUUAAGAGCGGAAAGAUCUCAGGAUGCAGUGGGGUUAUCUCUGGAGCAGGAUUCAGCGCUGUCGCUGGAUGGGACCCAGCUACCGGUCUCGGAACGCCGAACUACGAGGCUUUGCUCACGUUUGCAACGUCGACUGCGUAG